GUUGCAAAGUUAAAAACAGACUUUGUUUACCCAGCAGCCUGUGUUUUUGCUGAAAUGCUCACCGACUAGUUCUCACCUCGGCGACGACGUUUAUUUCUCCUCUGUGCAGCCGCAAACGCUGAGAAGAGCUCGGCCCCUCGCGUCGCCCUCCCUUCUCUCCUCGACGUUAUUUUUCUUUGAAUCUCAAAAUAGAAUUUAAUCUUUUUCCUUUUUUGGCUCUUUUCAUCUGAGACCGUGCAGCACGUCAAAGAGAAGGGGGUCAGAAUAACUUCAAGCGUCCUCCAUCACGUGGCAUUUAUCAAAAUACCAUUUUUUUGUCGUUUAUUAAUUUGCAAAACACUUUGUCCUGCAGACGCCUCGCUUGCAUUGUUUAUUUAUUUUUUGCUCUUUGGAGAGAGGGGGGGGGGGGGUCUUUUGCAGCUCGCAGCCUGAGGAUCGUUUUUUAAUCGAGCACUCGGAGAGCGCCAUGGCGACCGAAGUGGAUACGUGGCCCGCCGCUCAGCAAGCCGACGGGAUGUUCGCUUUCGACGACAAGCUGGCAGAGGCCAAUCGCCCCUGCAGCGACGACGACGAGGAGCUGAACGAGGCCGAGCUCAACGGCAACUGGACGCCCCAGGAGAAGCUGCUCCACGAGGCGCGGCUCAAAGCCAAAGCCAAGCGUCGCCUGCGCAAGUCCUCGUCCCGCAACUCGACCAGCGAGUCCUUCUCUGAGUCCGGAGACGUGGCGGGAAGCGACCCAAACAGUCCAAAGGGCAAAGUCAACACCAACGACCGCAAAUCCAGGACGGGCAAGGGCAGAGGCCUGCCAAAGAAAGGUGGGGCAGGUGGUAAAGGAGUUUGGGGGGCUGCUGGGAUGGUUUAUGAAGAUGAGGAGCCUGAUGUGCGGGACCCCAACUAUGAUGAAUCUUCCCAGGGAGACACAGUUUACGCCAAAGUGGUGCCAGAAGUCGACGAGAAGGAACUGGAGAAAAUGGUCAACCCGAUUGUGAAGGAGUACUUUGAACACGGAGACACAAAAGAGGUCCAGAUGUUGCUCAAAGGGCUCAACCUGGGCCACCAUAAGUACGAGUUCUCCUCCCUGGCCUUGUCCCUGUCCCUCGAGGGCAAGGCCAGCCACCGAGAACUGACCUCCCGCCUGCUCUCUGAUCUGUCGGGCAAGAUGUUGUCACAGAGCGAAAUGGCUCGUGCCUUCGACAAGAUGCUGAAAGAGCUGCCGGACCUCAUUCUGGACACACCGGAGGCUCCGCAGAUGCUCGGCCAGUUCAUAGCCAGGGCCAUAGCGGACCAUGUCCUCCCCAUGUCUUUCCUGGACUGUUACAAGGGCAAAGUGGCCUGUGAGCACGCCAGAGUGGCUUUAGACCGUGCUGCAGUGCUGCUGACCAUGAAGACGAAGAUGGUUCGUUUAGAUAAUGUGUGGGGCGUGGGUGGAGGCCUGAGACCCGUCAAACAUCUCGUCAAAGAGAUGAACCUUCUGCUCAAGGAGUACCUGAUAUCAGGAGACGUGACAGAGGCAGAGCACUGUCUGCGGGACCUGGAAGUCCCGCACUUCCACCAUGAGCUGGUCUAUGAGGCUGUGGUGAUGGUGCUGGAGUCGAAAGGUGACACUGCCAGUCACUUGAUGAUAAAACUGCUUCAGUCCUUCUGGAAAACAGGCCUCAUCACUGUGGAUCAGAUGAACAGGGGUUUCCAGCGUGUCUACGAUGAACUCCCUGAAAUCAACCUCGAUGUGCCGCAUGCCCACUCGAUCAUGGAGACCUUCGUGGACCUGUGCUACCAGGAGUCUGUCAUCACCAAAAAGCUGAGGGAUGCCUGUCCCUCCAGAGGGCGAAAGCGUUUUGUAAGCGAAGGAGAUGGAGGAGUGAUCAAGACCUAAUGCAGGAAGAGGAAGAGCAGCUGCAGCAGCAGCAGCAGCAGGAGGAGGAGGGUCAACUACAGGUUCUGUUUCUGCUCCAGCACGUUUUCCUGAAACCAGGCAUGCUGGCAGUCUAAAGUUUCCUUGUUCCUCCCCUGAUAUUGUUGUCAUUACACAAACCAACGUUGACGUUCGGUGAAAGUUGAUUGAAGAGUGCCCUGGGCGUUCAGUUCCCUUCAUCUUGUUGCUCACCGUUUUUUGACAUUUUUGUAAAAAAUAUUCUUUAUUUCUGGGGUUGAUGCGCCCCUGUUGCCUUAGUCUUUGUACCUGUUUGUCAAAAAAAAAUUUGAGUCAGAGCUGCAGGUGACUGACAGGUGCACAGGAUGGGUUUUGUGGGAGGAGAGUUUAGGUGGUUUGUCUCUUGCUUUGCUUCAUCUGUUGCCGUCUCCAUUUUUUUUUUCAUGUUAUGCGCUAUAAAUGGGGGAAAAGCACUUAAAAGACAGAGCAUACUGUACAGUCGGUGAGCACUUAGUAAUUUAGCUCAACAACAAGGAUCUAAACCUUUUUAUUUUCUGCCACAAACUUAUUACACCUUGCUUUGUACCUUCUGGUUCCAGUGAUUAUAUUGAUCCCUCAUGAACAGUGCUUUUUUUUUUUCUUUAUCUUGGUCACUGGUGCAAAAUCUUCACUUUGUACGGCACAGCUAUCAAAGCAAGAGGUGUUUGGGCACUGUGUGGGUGAUUUAUUACAUUUGGGCAAAUAUACCAAUGGAAGCCCUUUAUGAAAAUAAGAAUUAACAGGGGUUAAUGUUUGUAAAAAAGAAUUGAGCAAGCAAUAUUUUCAGCAUUCUGACGCAGUUAAUGUAUUUGCAGCCACAUGGUCAGCAAUGGAUUAUGGACUGGUAAUCUUCCAAUAUAAAGCCAGACUUGCUCUGGAGAGCAGAAUUAAUCUGGAAAUUGUUAUUAAACUUGGAAUUUGUUCAAUUUGUCAGUGAAAAGGCAGCCCUGAUAUGUUAGGUAGAUACAGAUGUUUCUGCUACUAUCUGUAUAAGUUUUACAUGUUGACCAAAGUUAAAAAUGUGGAUAAGAAAUAUAUUUCAUUCAUUAAAAAAAGCAUCAAAAUGAAA